UUGUAAGUUUGGUUGGUAUGGUGACGUUAAUUUGCCCCGUCCUCUCUCCUGUACCCAACAACCUCCCAGUGCUUGAGUACAGAGACAAACUAUUCGCUCACUCAAACCAAAAACCUGCCACUAAGGAAAGAAUCCACAAUCAAGGCAUGUGGGCCAGUCUGCGUUCAAGCGGCAGACUCUCUCAGCACCCGUCACAGGGCGACGUGGGCGCCAGACUGGCAGGGAAGAAUCUGGCGCCCCCUGCAGGAAGCAACAGUCUGCAGGCUCAACUCCGAAAGCAUCGAGCCGCCUUUUACAUCUUUGGAGAAAAGUCACAUCUGAGGGGACUCAGACUGGACUCCACCCUGAACUGUGAACUGGUGCCGGUGGAGUUUGCAGACGCCCGUCAGGUGAAAGCUGCAUUUAAGAAGCUGCUGAGGGCCUGCGCCCCCAGCGCCCCCUUUUCCGACUCGGAGGACUCCUUCCUCAAAGCUCUGGAGGAAUCUGAGUGGAUGCUGCAGCUUCACAAGAUCCUGCAGCUGGCCCUGUCUCUGGUGGAGCUUCUGGACAGCGGCUCGUCCAUCCUGCUCAGUCUGGAGGACGGCUGGGACAUCACCACACAAGUUGUUUCGUUGAUCCAGCUGCUGAGCGAUCCCUUCUAUCGAACCCUGGAGGGUUUCCAGGUGCUCCUGGAGAAAGAGUGGCUCUCCUUCGGCCACAAAUUCAGCCAGCGGAGCAAUCUGAGUCCCAGCAGCCAGGGCAGCGGCUUCACUCCCAUCUUCCUGCAGUUCCUGGACUGCGUGCACCAGAUUCUGGACCAACAUCCUAUGGAGUUUGAGUUUAAUCAGUAUUAUCUAAAGUUCUUGGCCUAUCACCACAACUCCAACCGCUUCAAGAACUUCCUGUUGGACUCAGACUAUGAGCGCUUGGAGCACGGGUUGCUGUUUGAGGACAAAGUGGACAAACAGGGCCGCAGAGGCAUCUGCAUCUGGGACUGUAUCAACAGGAUGCACCGGAGGAGUCCCAUCUUCUUCAACUACCUGUACAGCCCCUCGGAGAGCGAAGUGAUCCUGAAGCCGUGCGUCAGCAUCCCCAGCCUGACUAAGUGGGACUUCUUCACAGAGGAAACUCUGUCGACUGGACCAUGCUACGACUGGAGGAUGAUGGCGGUGAGGUCAGAGAGCACGGAGGAGGCAGACGCCAACGCAAACAGCAAGAGGAGGAUCGUGUGGCCGUGUUACAGCAACGUGAGCAGUGCCCAGCCGGACGCCAUCACCAAACUUCUCACUGACAUCGAGAGGCUGGAGGGAGAGCUGAACCAGGGCCCUGAGAAAUGGCAGACGACUCUGGAGAGAGUCCGUCUGAGCAUCCUGGAAGAUCUCAAGCAGGAAGGAAACCUCCGAAAGCAGUCGCUGUCCCUCUCAGGCCUCAUUCCCACGUCCAGCCUGCAGGCCUUCCAGCGCCGCUCCAUGCUGCACCUGCCAGACAGCGGCCUGGGCGACGACCACAGCACGGCCACGGCCAACGGGAUCAACCGCCGCGCUGCAACGCUUUACAACCAGUUCACCCCCAAGAACGAGGAGAACAGGUCUUACGAGGGGAUCCUUUACAAACGCGGCGCUCUGCUGAAAGCCUGGAAACCUCGGUGGUUUGUGUUGGACGUCACCAAACACCAGCUCAGAUACUACGACACAGGCGAGGACACGAACUGCCGGGGCCACAUCGAUCUGGCCGACGUGGAGUCUGUGACGCCGGCCGCACCCACCAUAGGAGCCCCCAAACACAUCAACGAGAAGGCGUUCUUUGACCUGAAAACCAACAAGAGAGUCUACAACUUCUGUGCUUCCGAUGCGCCCAGCGCUCAGGUGUGGAUGGACAAGAUCCAGAGCUGCGUAUCCGACGCCUGAACGCCAAGCUUUAAAUGACAUAUCGGCCUCGUCAGAGGAGGAGUCGUGUGGCUGAGAGCAGCUCGCUUCGGCAGCCCAAGUGUCUUUAGUUUAAGGGGACCACAGCGAAUAAAGUGCCUGACGGUGGAGGAUCAACUUCCUGCUUCUCCGCCUGCAGCCGCCCGGCCGCCAUCACCCUGCAGGUGGAGCGCUUCGGCCUCAGCUCUCCACUCCCUCUGAUCGGGGAGCAAAGCAAACAUAAGCUGACGUUUUUAGAGACUGUGCUACCAAGGAAAUGUUAAAUUUUUUUUUUUAAAUAUAUCAUAGCUAUAUCACUGGCCAUUAAAACUGUGGGUUCAAUUUUAAAUUUAGAGGAAUAUAGAAAGUAGCUCGUAAAAGAUUUUCUAUCAGAUAUUUUACUACAAGGAAAAGGGUUAUAGCUGCUUAAAGUAUAAACCGCCAAAAACUCAAGAUUUUAAUGCACAACUUUUAAAAAAAAAAAAGCAAUUUGUUUGCACUUAGCUCUAAAGCAAUGCACUCUUUACUAAAUAUUGACUUUCUAACAGAUGCAAACAGCCAGGCUUCAGGCAUUAUACAGUGUACAUGUGAUCGUGAUGGAUUAAAUGAAAAGAAUUUGCACAGAGGUUUCAAAAGGUGUUUUUUUUAUAUAUAUAUAUUUAAGUACAUGAUGUUUUGCUAUUCUGUUGAAUGUUUUAACUUCUCACUUAACUUUGACGUCUCAUGCAAUGUAAAUUAUUUUUUAUUCAAUGUCUUACAGUGCAAGUGUCACUUAUUUUUCUGUAAAUACGUUUAUCACAUUUUAUUUUAUGUCCUGUCUUCUCUGAGCAGGAUUUACUUUUCUAAAUUUAAUUCUGACGUGUUUGUUCUUUUUGUGACUUUACUGAUGAAACUCCCUGAAUGUUCCCUACUUGUGGUGAAAUGUUGUGAAUGAAAAUGACCUUAUGUUAUUGCUGACAUUCUCCAGGCAGUCUCUGUCUCUCCUAAGGGCUUUUUAAUCAAUCUUUUGUGCAGUUUUCUGAUUAUCUGCCCUAUGUCUUUACAAGAGCAAGCACAUGAAACAAUUCAAAGAUGUCAGAGGUGUUUUUUUUUUUUCUUACUUCUUCUUUGUACCAUGUUUUGUGACGACACUAAGUUUUUGCAAAUAAAUCGAACAUACUUGAGCCUU